ACUGACUGGGUACUGAUAGACGGCACUGACUGGCAUCACUGCUGGGCACUGACUGGCGGCACUGACUGGCACAACCCCUGGGCACUGACUGGUGGCACUGACUGGCAGCACUGCUGGGCUGCACUGGUGGGUGGAACUUGCGGGUGGCACUGCUGGGCACCGAUCAUCAGGACACUGAUCAUCAGUGCCCUGAUGAUCGGUGCCGAUCCCCGCUCUGACAACUGCCGGUUCUCGGCAGUACUUUCCUCACGAUCUGACAGCGUGAGGAAAGUGCAGCCGAGAAUCGGCACUUGCAUUUCCCUCUGAUCAGCG